UGGCACUAACCUUGACAUUAGAAUAGUAAAUAAACAGACUUACAAUGGCGGACAGUCUGUCCGUCUUCGUUACUCUGUUGUCCUCUCUGCUGGUCAGACAGGUUGAUGCUUAUUACUGUGAUAGUGGAAAGUGUGAAGAUAAUGAAUACUGCUGCGGGGAGAACACAUGUUGUGUAUCGUACACUGUGUGGGAGCUGUGGUAUUUCUGGUUUGGUUUGGUGUUCUUCAUGAUAUUAUUGAGCUCCUGUAUAUGCAUGUGGAGGUCAGGAUACAGGGAGAGGAUUAUUUACUUUGGAACCGUCCCACCAUCUUACAGUCCUCUGUCUCACAAGGAGGCACAUUUACAGACGUCCCGAUAUUCAGAUGAUUUUGGCCCUCCAUCCCAAACUCCACAGAUGGCGCCACCUGCUUAUGAAGAGGUUGUCCAUAGUUACCAUCAAAAGCUUCCACAGUGAUGGUGGUGAACUAGUAACAAGUGUUGGUCACAAAUUAGAAUUGUAGAAUUAUGAUGGAGUUGUUGAUAGAAUUGAGAAAUGGAGUGGUAUUAUUUAUUUCCUGAUUUAAAGUAUUGAUGACAAUUUUAAGAAAAACACAGAGAUAAGUGCUAAUCAGAGGUAAACCGUCAACUGAAUCCAAACAAAUGAAUUUACAGAUUUAUCUCCUUUCUAAAUCUGUAUAUUCAUUCAGAAAAUAAUGUAUACCGGUACCUUACUAUAAAACAUUAUGUAGAUGUAUGGUUCGGAUUUUGAAAACUCGGCACGUUAUACAGUAGAAAAUAUUGGUACUAUCAUUUUUAUAAAAAAGUAGAAUUUCAGGUUGGUAUAUGGUACAUUUUGUAGAUUUGUCACAUGUAUAUCAUGAAGAUAGUUUGCCUUCAGAUCAUGAACAUGCAAGGCUAACCUGUUUAUCUUCAUUAAAUUAAGUGAUGUUAGAAUUUUGAUUUUUCAUGCAUCAUUUCAUUUCAAUUUGGCAUCCAUUUUAUAAUCUUUAUUCAUCUGUCAAAUACUUUUUUUUUUUAAAUUUAGCAGGAUGUAGCUAAGCUGUUGAUCUGGAGUUUUUUGUGUGCAAUAUAGAAUGCCAGAAUAUUUAUAUCUCCAUUAAAUAAUGAAGGUGUUGGUCUUGCCAAGUAAUAUUUCAGAAUGCAUUUCUCAUUAUUACAAUGGGAAAAAAGCAGCAUCAAAAAUGGAAAAUUAUCGGAAUGAUAUCAAACAGCAUUGUUUGAGUAACUUUAUAUUAUAUGUGUCUUUAAUUGGAUGCAGACUCUGCACAUUGAAUUAGAAUCUCAGUUUUUAUUUGCUCAUCUAUGAUGAGCCAUAUCAUGGUAUAGCCUUUCCUGUCCAUUUGUCUGCUAGCUUUUUUGUGUCUAGGUCAAAUCUUUCACACUGUUAGUCCUAGGACUAUCAAUCCUGUUCAGCUGAUGCAUCUGGGGGAGGGGGGGGGGGAGGAGUCCUUGCUCCUGAGGUGGAAUUUCCCUAUCCCACGUGAGUAAAUAAUGAAGGAUUAUUUUUCUCACAUUUUAUCCACAAUUUAGUGCAUUAAUUCUUGAUAUGAAAUCAUUGAUAUCCUCAUUUAAACUUAAUGCGAAAACUAAUUAGGUAAUCACAAAGAGCAUGCAUACCCAAAAACUGUGUUCGCGAAAAGUGUAAAUUAAAAAAAAAACCAAGGCUGUCCUUCAAGAAACUAUAUCAAAUCAAAAUUGAAGAAAACAAUACAAAAUGUUUAACUUCACUGUACAUGUAACGUAAAUCAUAAAAAAUAUGUGACGUCAUAAUCAAUGACACAUCUGAGCCGUGUAAGACCAUCUUCGCUAGCCAAGAGUUUUUGGUCCACUCCACUCCCCAUAAUGGCUUGGUUAGCGAAGAUGGUGCAAGACCAAAAAAUCACAUAUGACUGUCUCGCAUGAAAAAUGUCGGUCUCAAACUGGUGAUAAUGUGAGAAAGAUUAAGUCUCACAUUUGAGUAAUGUUGGUCUCAAACUGGUGAUAAUGUGAGAAAGAUAAAGUCUCACAUUUGAGUAAUGUUGGUCUCAAACUAGUGGUAAUAUGAGAAAGGUUUAUCAUGUACUCUAUAGCGAUGCUUUUUCUUACAGUCAAUGAUUGCAGACCAAUAGUGUAGCAGUAACACAAUGACAGCUCCCAGACUAAUUAACUCACCAGAAAAUCCUAAUGAACGAUAUUCUGAUAAUCGAAUAUUAUAAAGGUUACCAUUCUAAAAAAGAAAUAAUCAGUCCAACAUUCAGUGAAUCAAAAAGUUAACGUUUCUUUUGUUUAAUACACGAAUCACUGAAAUAUUCUAAUCUUCCACACACACAAAAAUGGUUUCAGUUAUAAAUUUGUUCGUUUUUUUUCUAAAUACAAAUACUCUAGCUGUUAUAAGAAUAUAUUUGUUUUAGGAAUAUUUCUAACUCUUGGUGAAAUCGAAUCUAUUGAAUGCCAGUAGUAAUAAUAAGCCUUUAAUUUAGCUGAAUUAUAUUUUGUGCAUUUAGGGAUUUUGAAGAAAAAGGUAAUUGAUAGAAGAUUAGGAAUAUGAUAAUACUAAUAAUUACAAUAUAGGGGUUGUUGUGGUGUCAUAGAACAUAUAAUGUUCAAAGCUGAAAAUAUGUAAUAAUCAUGUAUUGUGUUAAUAUAAUAUUAUUUUUCAUGUUUUGUUGUGUGGAAAAAGCUUUGUUUAUAUAAGUUUUAGUUUCUGAAUCCAUUUUGUUGUUUUUCUCAUUUGUUUCAUCGCACCUCACAAGCGAAGAGUGGAACAGACAUACAGUUUCAUUCCUGCAUUGUUUUGGUGUAUCACAAUUGAACUCUUGAGUUUUGUAUCUAAUACUCACACUCAAUAAUGAACUUGUUUUGUUUUGUUUGAAGUAUAUAUUUUUGGAAAACAGAAAUUAUCAUUGUUAGAAGUUCUUAAUCAAUUUACAAUGGAAGGUGAUGAUUGAGUUGAUGAGUAAUUUGACGGCCCUAAUGAUUAGCUUAUACAUGUACAUUGUGGCUUAAUUUUGAUUAUAACAUCUAGGGUUACUCUGUUUGACUUUUUUAAAACGUGAAAAUAAUGGUGGAGUUCUGACAUAAUCCUGGUCAAAUUUUUGCUUUGGAGAACAGAUUUGGUGGUAAACUAUGUUUUAGGAAAAUAUCGCUUUAAAAAAUAAACCGAAUUAAGUUCCUCUGAAAUUCAACAGGAUUUUUAUGUUGAGUUCUGUAAUGCAUAUUUAACAUUAAAUUAAUGCUGGUUAACAGAUAAUACCCCAUCAUGUGGUCUCUUAAGUACAUUGUAGGUGUACAAUACACAUAUUUUGUCAAUCAAGGUCUUUUAAAUUUUGUUGUUUUCAGCCGUUUUCUUUUUGAAACCUGUGUUAUUAUGAAGUCUAAUCAUAUGAUGAAUAUGAAAUCAAUCCGAUAAUUCAAUGCUAAAGAUGUCCUGUAUUGUUCAAUAGAUGUAAACUUUCAUAAAAUCAAAAAAAAUGUUAUAUGAACAUGAUAUUAUUUUUGUAAGUCAGUUGUAUAUAAAAUAUGACGGACCUCUUCCUUAAUGAUUACAUUUUAAAUCUAAAUUUAGAAUUCAGAUAUUUUCACUAAAGAUACAAAUUUAGUAUUAGCGGAUCAUGUGAUUAAAGGAUUUGUGUGUGUAUAUUUUAAAUCGUAUUUAGAUAGGUUAGAGUGGUAAAUGAAUUACCUGUACAUUUUCGACACGGUCUGUUGACUUUGGUACAUGUAUGUAUUUACCUGACAUGGUCUGUUGACUUUGGUAUGUAUAAUUACCAACAGAAGUCUCACAUUGGAUGGAUUGUUAGAAUCGCAAUAUAUUUUGUUAGAGCUAUAAUUUAAUGCACUGUUGUUAACUGAUAUGGAUAAGAAAAUCUGUUACUGUCGGGGUUUUGUUUUUUAAAAAAAUUUGCUUUUUGCUGUUGUAAAAGGGAUGUUUUAAGGCCUCUAAUUCUCUAUACCUUGGAUAGAAAAUAUUACCUUUAGUUGUUUUUUUUUUUUCUAGAAUGCUGAAAAAUAAAGAAUAGGUAUUAUGAUUUGAACUCACAAUAUAAAUAGUGUGCCCUUCCCAAUUCUGUACCAGGAUAUGUACAGUGUGAAGUAUUUUAUGGCACAAAUUAGUCAAAAGUUUUUUUGUUUUAUUUUUCAGUUAUAUUUGUAACAUACUAGUAAAAUCCUACAGACUUCAGUAAAUUCUAUAACGUAAAUGCAAUCUAUAUUUUUGGGGUGUUUGUUUGUUUGUUUGUUUAUGGGAUCAAGUUUCUCAUUUGAUGAAGCUGUAUUUAUUAUCAGUAAGUGUUGUCGUGUAUAUAUGAUCUCGUUUUUCGUGGAAAGGAAGUUGGUUGGCUUUAAGUUUACUCUUGACAUCCAGUGAACCAACUCUUCAUUAAGAAACAAAUAUUUUUCUUUUAAUGGAUAUCAAUUUUAUAAUGAUAAUGAAUAUCUAUUAUCAAAUUAAGUGAAACCCAAGUCCCUGUUGGAUUUGAUAUUUACAAAAUCACAGAGUCAGACAUCGUAAUUAGCCGUAAUAAACAAUUCAAUCCACCAUAUUAUCAUCUACUAUCCAGCAAGUCACACUGUGUACGGCCCUUGCAGGGACUUUGUAAAAGAUCAAAACAUUUUUUUUCAUGAAUGUGUUCCAGUUUUGUAAUAAUAGGUGGAGUUCGACAGGUCAGGUUAGAUGACAUGUAUUUUAGAGUAUAGUUUUAUCCUUUUAAAUCAUCUGUUGUUUGUUGCCUUGACUUCUAAUUUUGGAAAUUAGAAAUUAUAAGUAAUAUUUUUAAACCACAGUUUAUUCCUAACAUAUUUUUAAGAUAGUAGUAGUUUGGUUUGAGUUUCAUAACAUGUGUAAAUAAUUUGAUCAGUUUCCUAAAUUACAAUGCAACUUUCAAAGAGUCCAAAUAUUUAAAAAAUUUUAAUUUAGUAUAGACUUGGUAAAGACUCCAUAUUUUGUUCUGUAAACAUCAUUUUCUGAUAUUGAAGUAUUUGCCCCUUAAAAAUAUUCUCCACAAACUUAAAAAUGAUUUGACUUCUCCCACCUUUUCACAGAAACAAAUGAGUAUUUGAGUAUUAUGGUUUCUGACCACACACACAUGUUCCGGUCCUGUUUACUGAGUCUGUGAUCGUGUUUUGUAAUUGUGAUAUCAUGGUUUGUAGAAUUCAUUAAUCAUUGAUGUUGAAUGUGAUAUAGUAUUUUUGUCAAUCUGUAAAUUAAUAAAUCAUCUCUAUUUUAA